AUGGGCUUCCGCCUCCUCCACCUGGCCGGCGGCAUCGCGCGAGCCGCCUCCUCCUCCCGCCGUGCGCCACUCCUCUCCCGCGCCGCGCUCGCCCCUCUCGCCUCGCCGAGCGGCGCCCACUGGCUCGUCCCUGUCCGCGACCACGGGGGCCACUCCCACCCCCACGGCGAGGACAGCGGCGAGGCGUCCGAGAAGAUCUUCCGGCUGGGCCUCGCCGCCGACGUCGUCCUCACCGUAGGGAAAGCUGUCACCGGCUACCUCUCCGGCAGCACGGCCAUCACCGCCGAUGCCGCCCACUCCCUCUCCGACAUUGUGCUGAGCGGGGUGGCUUUGCUGUCGUACAAGGCGGCCAAGGCUCCCAGAGACAAGGAUCAUCCCUAUGGUCAUGGAAAGUUCGAGAGUUUAGGAGCUCUUGGAAUUUCAAGCAUGUUGUUGAUUACUGCAGGUGGGAUUGCCUGGCAUUCUUUUGAAGUUCUUCAGGGAGUUAUGUCUUCUGCUCCUGAUAUAAUUGGCAAUGCAUCCCACAUGAAUCACAACCAUGGUAGUGGUGGGCAUAAUCAUGCAAUUGAUUUGGAACAUCCAGUCCUUGCAUUGAGUAUGACAACAUUAGCAAUAUCCAUCAAGGAAGGGCUCUAUUGGAUUACAAAAAGAGCUGGUGAGAAAGAAGGGAGUGGGCUGAUGAAAGCGAAUGCAUGGCACCAUCGUGCGGAUGCUAUUUCAUCUGUUGUUGCCCUAGUAGGGGUAGGUGGCUCCAUUGUUGGAUUACCAUAUCUUGAUCCACUAGCUGGGCUUGUUGUCUCAGGCAUGAUUCUUAAAGCUGGUGUUCAGACAGGAUACGAGAGCAUACUAGAGCUUGUUGAUGCAGCUGUUGAUCCGUCACUUCUAGAACCAAUCAAGGAAACAAUUGUGAAAGUUGAUGGUGUAAAGGGGUGCCAUCGGUUGAGGGGAAGGAAAGCUGGGACCUCAUUGUAUCUUGAUGUGCAUAUUGAGGUACAUCCUUUCUUGAGUGUCAGUGCAGCACAUGAUAUCGGGGAAACUGUCCGUCAUCAUAUACAAAAGACACAUAAUCAAGUUGCUGAGGUUUUCAUACAUAUAGACCCCUCAUAUUCAAUGGGUGUCAACAUGGACAAGAAAAGGAUUUUGGAGAACUUGGAGAGAAGAAAUUCAGAUGCUAUUCCACGGCAACAAUGUGCAGAAACUAUUGUGUCCAAUAUAAUUUCCUCUCAUUUUCCUAAGAAAAUGUCCCUUGAGCACCUAGUGCUGCAUUACUUGCAAGGACGUGUGCUGCUUCAGGUCCAAGUUUCAAUGUCUCCAGAAAUUUUGAUUCGGGAUGCAAUGGACAUUGCAAAACAAGCCGAGGAGGAGAUCAUGAAGGCUGACGCCAGCAUAAGUCAAGUCAGCGUACAGCUGAGAUUAGGCCAACAAAUUGAGCAACUUCAGCUGGCCGCAAGAAAAAGCAGACAGAAUGAUCUACAAGCAGAAAAACAGUAGUAGGAGGGGCCUUAUAUUCUGCAGCUAAGCUGGCUCGGUCAGCUAGCAUGAUAAUUUGCUAAUUUUCCUGACAUAAAUCAACUGCAUUUUGCUGACAGUGGAGUAGGACAGUGUAUGGACAUCACAUCUUGUUCAGAGUUUCAAAAUAAAAAAAUGGAAUAACCCCAAGAGCAACCUUGAUUGCAAAUGACAACCGGAAAAGGUCUGCUUUUGAGGCUAUGCA